AUGCAACCCGGUGGUGGGGUGGCCGGGCAUGGCCGGAAUAUGGCUGCUCCGCCGCCGGGGCGUUCUUCUUCGUCCUCGUCGCCGUCGCCGUCGUCGUCUUCCUCCGCCGUAUCAGCGCCGAACCACCUAGGGCUCGAUUCUGUCCACCACCAGCAGCAGCAGCACCAGCAACGGCUGCAACACCAGCACCACCAACAACUGAGACUGCAGCAGCACCAGCAAAACCUGGCGUUUCGACAGGUAUGCUGGAUAUGCCAUUGGAAAUCCGUUUUUCUUGUGUGAAUUACGGGGAGAGUAGUCAGGAUGAAUUUACUACUCUGGGAUUCUUUCCGUGUCACGUGGACGUAGCUCGCCGUGUUCUCUGUUAACCUUAUCCCCUCAUUUCCAUUCCUAGUAUUCAGGAGUUCAUUCCAUUGGCCGAGUCAGCAGUCCCAUUUCUGUUUCCUCUUCCUUCCCCCAUCUUUUGCAUUACUUCAUCAAACACGUUUCUGCAUAAAUUACUUUAUAGUUUGCAUUUAAGUUGCAUUGAAGGCGUUUUAUCUUGUGUUCUAAGUUUUUUUUUGUUCUCUAAUUUUUUUUUAACUUUGGGAUGAACUUGCUUUCUUGCUAGUUUGAAAGUGAUAAGGGGGUAUGGAAUCAUAUUUUCUCUCUUUUUUUUGGAGUUGUAACGGGGAUGAUGACUGUUGGGCUUAUCUAUUAUAUUCACUUUCAUUUCUGUUCCUUGUCGUUGCGACAAUGACAGCUCAGAAAGCCUGAAGGAGAUGAAGGUCUUCCAGCUUAUCAGUCUGCGGGAACACACGGAGUUAUGGGGGGUAACAACUUCCCCAACCCGUCGGGUGGCAUGGUUCCAUCUCAGCGUCCAAGGGUCUCUGGUGACAUGCCUCAACAGCACGCUGUAGCGCAGGCUCGGGAGGAAAGCCAGAACAGAGUGCAGGGUAUGGAGAAGCAUGCGCAGAACCCCCCUGACCAUCAGGGUUACGUUCAAUAUGUCCAGGCUGCCCAACAGAAGCCUCUCCAUAAUCUGCAAGCGCAGCAGCAGUCGAAAAUAGGAAUGUCUGUCCCAGCAGGGAGGGAACAGGAAAUACGUUCAUAUCAGUUGAAGAUGCAGGAGCUUCUGUCUCUACAGGCGGCCAACCUGGGGCAUGCUAUGACAAGAAAGCCAGCUGAGCAUUAUGCACAUGUUGAGACACAAGUGGAGCAGGGCCAUGCAAGUACUGAGCAAAGGAGCGAUCUGAAGUCACCCCAGUCUUCUAUUGGACAGUUCAAUACAGCGAAUAUCAGUAGGCCCAUGCAGCCACCAACGUCGCACUCAAACGUUCAGAAUGCUAACAACCAGAUUGCAAUGACCCCUUUGCAAGCAAUACAGGCUUGGGCGAUGGAGCGAAAUAUUGAUCUUUCUGUUCCGGCUAAUGCCAAUAUGUUUGCACAACUUCUUCCUCUUUUUCAGUCUAAGAUGGCUGCGGCACAGAAAACAAAUGAAAGCAAUAACCCUGCAAACCAAUCACAUGCAUCUUCAUCGAAGCAACAAGUAAUGUCCUCUCCUGUUGGUAGUGAAAAUUCUGCCCAUGGCAAUUCCUUGAAUGAUCAUUCUGGGCAGGGGGGCCCAUCAAAAGGUCUCCACUUGCCUCCUUCAGCAUCAAUCUCCAGUGCACGGAAUGCUACUCUAAUGAAUGGUGGUAGCAUCCAAAUACAGCAGCAACUUUCUACCCCACCAAGGGAUAAAGAAGCCGAAAAAACUGCUGCACUUCCAAUAACUGUUGGGAAUGCAACGUCAUCCAUGCAUCCCCCUCAGUCAUCUGGGAGCAUCAGCCAGAACAUUGAAGGCUCAGGGGCUAAAAGUGCCUUUCUUGGGACUGAAACACGACAAAUGCAGUACUUAAGGCAGUUACAGCAGUUGAACCGUCCGGCUCAACCCACCACUUCUUCUGGUGAAGGCAUGUCAGUCCAACAUCCUUCUCAUGGUUCUUCAGCUCAGGUGCCACAGCAACGUAUUGGGUUUACAAAGCAGCAGCUCCAUGUUCUCAAAGCCCAGAUUCUCGCCUUCAGACGUCUGAAGGUAAUCAUGAUGUCUUCUAUAUGUGUGGUCAUUUCAAAGUAAAUAAUGGAUUAUAUUGAGAGACCCUUAAUUUUGUGUUUUUUGCUUUUUUUCAGCGUGGUGAGCGUAGUCUUCCACAGGAGGUUCUUCAAGCUAUUGUACCUCCGCCGCUUGAUAGGCAACCACAACCGUCUUUUCUAUCACAGGGGGUGACAGAACGAACACCCAAUAAACUUAUUGAUGAGAAGAUAAGGCAUUUUGAUACUAAUGAUAAGAUUUCGCAGCCAGCUGCUUCAAGCAAGGGGAUGAUUCUUACAAAGGAAGAAGCUUCCUUUAUGGACGAGAGAGGCUCUCAAGUGCAGAGCUUGGCAGGUUCCACACGGGAGCACACUAAUCUGGAAGCUCUUGGGAAGACGGAGCAAAGUGCUAUACCCAUGGUUAAGCCAGAGCACGAUGUUGAGCGUAUGGGGUCAAAGAUCCCCGCUAAUGGUGAUAUGAACAUGGACAAGAGCAAGGCUAUUUCACCGCAGAGUAUCACAUUAGAUGAAGAACAGCCGAAGAAAACUGGUCAGUCUAGCAAUGCUCCAAAGGAUUCUAACCCAACGAGAAGAUACAAUGGUCCACUUUUUGAUUUUCCCUUUUUUACUAGAAAAUUUGAUUCAUUUGCCUCAUCUAUCGCACUGAAUAACACAAGCAAUUUGACAUUAUCUUAUGAUGUAAAAGAUUUGUUAUAUGAAGAAGGAGUGGUGGUUCUUAGCAAGAAGAGAGCAGAAAAUCUGAAAAAGAUAGGUGGCUUGCUUUCACUUAACUUAGAAACUAAGAGAAUUAGGCCUGAUCUUGUUCUCCGACUUCAAAUUGAAGAGAGAAAGCUUCGUCUCAUAAAUCUUCAGGCCCGUCUUAGGGAUGAGGUUGGUCAGCAGCAACAAGAGAUAAUGGCAAUGUCUGAUAGGCCUUACCGAAAGUUUGUUCGGCAGUGUGAACGGCAGCGUGCAGAACUUCUGAGGCAGGUUCAGGUUUCACAGAAACUAAUGAGAGAGAAGCAAUUAAAGUCUAUUUUCCAGUGGCGUAAAAAGCUUCUCGAGUCUCAUUGGGCCAUUCGUGAUGCUCGGACUACCCGCAACAGGGGAGUUGCUAAAUAUCAUGAAAGGAUGCUAAGAGAAUUUUCUAAGAAGAAAGAUGAUGAUCGAAACAGAAGAAUGGAGGCUUUGAAGAACAAUGAUGUUGAUAGAUAUCGUGAGAUGUUGCUUGAGCAGCAGACAAACGUUCCUGGUGAUGCAGCACAAAGAUAUGCUGUUCUCUCAUCAUUUUUGUCCCAAACAGAAGAGUAUCUACACAAACUUGGAGGGAAAAUAACUGCAGCGAAGAAUCACCAAGAAGUGGAAGAGGCAGCAAAUGCUGCUGCUACUGCUGCACGAUCUCAAGUAUGAUAUUUUGAAGCAUUAUAUUUAUGGAUUCUAUGAUGACAUGCGUUUUAAUAGCUUUUAAUUUUAUUUUAUUUUAUUUUAUGCUGUUAAUAGGGACUAUCAGAAGAGGAAGUCAGGGCUGCAGCAGCAUGUGCCGGAGAGGAAGUGAUGAUCAGGAAUAGGUUCUCCGAAAUGAAUGCACCAAGGGACAACUCUGUCAGCAAGUAAUUUAUUGCGCCUUUUACUUUAAUAGCAUUUUCUGAGAACCAGUAUUGGUCCAGUGUGCAAUAGUCGUGUGAAUUUUCUCUUUUUUUCAAUAUUCGUCACUUCAUACAACCGAUUCCGAGGUUCCUUUCUGGUUUUAUGUAAAAAAAUUAUUUUGGAUUAUUAUAAUUAUUUUUACUUUUCUAACAAUGCUAAAAUGUUGUUUGUUAGGUAUUACAAUCUAGCUCAUGCUGUGAACGAGAGAGUUAUCAGGCAGCCCUCAAUGUUACGUAAAGGAACCUUACGUGAUUAUCAGCUUGUAUGUUAUUACUGCCUUACAUGUUUCCAUUUAUCUAAACAAUAGCUGAUUAGUAAUCACGUCCCCUUUUCAUGUAAAAAAAAAUACGUGCAAAGCCUCGUUUUGUUUUUCGCACUCUCUUUUCAGGUAGCUACCAAUAUUUUAAAAAAUGUGUCAAUCCAUUUUUCGCAUUUAGGUUACUUUAUGGUAAAUUUGCUUACUUUUCAUCUGGAAACUGUGUAAUGUUACAUUACGAUGUUUGAUUUCCAGGUUGGGCUACAGUGGAUGCUUUCUUUAUACAAUAAUAAGUUGAAUGGAAUUCUGGCGGAUGAGAUGGGACUAGGCAAAACAGUGCAGGUAGGUAGAUUCAGCACUGCGUUUAAUUUUUCAGUGUCCUUUAUUUUUGUUGCAUUUUUUUCAAUGGCAUAAAUCUAUUGCGAGCACCUCUUUAGUCCCGUUUGGAGCAGUUAAGCAACUGGUUAUGGAAAACAUUAUGAAGAAAAGUAUUGUCUUGUAAGAUCCGCGGAUAUGUAUUAUGAAAGGCAUUUCCCAUUCAUUCUGAAUCAAUUUUCAAUCAUGGAUCAUUUUAUGCUCAUUUUAAAUCCUUUAUUUAUUGAUAGUACAAGGAGAUUAUGGCAUAUUGUCUGAAUGCUGUAUCUUAGGCUUUCGAAACUCUUUUGUCCUUCACACAAAAUUCGUCAUAGUAUUAUAGGAUAUGGUAUGAUCAUUUUCUUGAUUUUGGAGUUGCAAAAAUGUCCAAAGAAUCUAAUGCCACUUGUGUAGAAUAAAUCUUCUUCAGCAUUGUAUCAGUGUAAGGAGAGUCAUCUGGUUACUAGAAUCAAGUUCCUUGAUCAUGCUCAUUGCUAAAGAGUUGUGCAAAUCCAUUUUGGCCUCUUCUUGGAUAUCAGCAUUGUAUGAAUAAAUAAUAAAACAAAUAGAACCAAUAUGAUAGUUCGGUAGUGUCUUAAUGUUUUCUAUGACCUUUAUUAUUAUCUUCCUGAAUCGCUCUAAUUGAACUAGUUUUUUAAAUAAUGUCCUUAGUUCGUUGAAAAAUAUACGAUAUCUCAUUGCUUUUGGAUUCAAAUUCACUAUGUUAGCUCUUUCUGCUAUCAUAUUUUUGAAUAAUUAAUAAUUUUGUUGUCUUCUGCCUUGUUCUUUCUGUUGGAAUAGGUCAUGGCUUUAAUUGCUUAUUUGAUGGAGUUUAAAGGCAACAACGGACCGCAUCUGAUAAUAGUUCCUAAUGCAGUGCUAGUGAAUUGGAAGGUGAAGUUAUUUUCUCCUGUGUUCUGUUACUUCUCUUUGAAAAUUCAUUUGCUGUGUGAUUUUAGGCUGAUUUAUUUGCCAUUUCACAGAGUGAGUUGUACAACUGGCUGCCUUCUGUAUCAUGCAUCUUUUAUGUUGGUGGGAAGGAUGAACGGUCAAAGCUUUUCUCUCAGGUGAGCGACGCUCAGUUUAUUAUGAACAUGUGACGAUUUUUGAAAAUAAGCUCAUUUGAUUGAACUGUUUAAUCAUCCCACUCUAUGAGGUUUUUGGAUGAUUGGAGAGCGUGAACUAUACUGAGAAUUAUAUUUCUUAUAUAACAACAGAAAAACGGUGUUACUACUUCUAUGCUAUUUUCAGAAUAUGAAAACACAUAUUCUGUUAAUCCAUGGUCAUCAUGUAUUACUCCUAACUGGUUAUUUAGCAUGGGAAAUGAAAAACAACUUUGUAGUCGAACAAUGUAAUGUAACUUAUUUUGUAGCAAUGCUUUCACCUUUUCCACACUUGGUUUUCCAAUUGUUAAAGACUAAGGUUUGUGUUGACGCAACUGGCAAUGAUAAAAAGAAAUUUCAAAGAAAACAAAGUUACCACUUGAACUAGAUGUAUGAGGCAGUGGUGGAGCUGUGGACAUUGUGCCAUUGAUUAUGGGUACUUGGUGAUGGCAAAACGUGCGACUCAGCCAUUUGGGACGAGAAGAACUAUCCAUAUGCUCAAAAAAUUCUGCUUAGGAGAGUAUGAUUACGAUUGGAUUUGAUGAGCUUUGUCUGGGCGGAAAAGGUCGGAGACAAGGAAGGUUGGUCGUAGUAAUUAGUAAGUUGUUUUGUAUCCAAGCCAUUGGGUUGCGUGGAUGACAAGAAACGGUCAUCUUUUCAGAAGGAAUAGCGCCAUAGUAUCUAGGGUUUUCAUGUGGGUUUUUGAUGAGUUGAAACAUUGGGUGAGAUCUUUGUGAAGUGAGGAAGGCAAUGCUCCACUAAUUUUGGAGUUGUUGGGUCUUUGGUUUUGGCUUAUUACCGAUGUCGCAUAAAAGUGAUGUAUUGGGGUUUCUGAAAGCUUUUAGAUCACGAGCUUUUAAAUAACCUGGUGCUAUCCACUUAAAAAAAACUACUAUAUUGGGGCGUUAUUUUGUUAGUUGUUGAGGUUUAUUUAUUCCAUUCAGUGUUAUUUUGACAAUUUCCCUCGAUUUGUCUGAAAUUCAAGAUACAGUAUUGGCUUAAUUAGAAUAUUUUAUGUGGGUGUAUGUGGAAAUGAAUUAAACACUUUUGCUUGCAGUUUUAGAUUGAAGAAUUGAAACUAUCAUUUGCAUACAUAAUUCAACGCAUAGUUUAGGUUUUCAACUGUUUUACAAUGUGCGUGCACUAUAUUGACCAUCAACGUACUGAAGUUAUCCCUGUUUUCAGGAGGUUUGUGCCAGGAAAUUUAAUGUGCUAGUUACAACUUACGAGUUUGUAAUGUACGACCGUUCCAAGCUAUCAAAAAUCGAUUGGAAGUAUAUCAUUAUUGAUGAAGCUCAACGUAUGAAAGAUAGAGAAUCUGUUUUGGCUCGUGAUCUUGACAGAUACCGUUGCCAGAGACGAUUACUUCUUACAGGGACUCCUUUGCAGGUUUGUCAAUAUAUGGGAAUAAUGAUAAUCCUGUUUCCAUAAAAAAAGGCUGAUCAUGAAAAAAAAGGAAAAAAAAUGAUGUUUUAGUUUUUGAAGUGCUUUCAGUAAAACCCCUGCAACAUCCUGAUCGAAGUUCGAAACAAGUUGAUUAUUUGAUUUUAGAAGAGCCAAGUGCUCCCAAUUGUUUCCAAGCUGCUUAUUUUUCCUUCUAAAUUUCUUUUGUAGAAUAAAUUUGUGAAUUUUUUUGUUUGAUUUGAAAUAUGUGCGGCGAGAAGUUCACAAUUCUUAAAAAUUGUGGUUUCUCUCUUAAUUCAGUUGGUGUAGUGAAAUUAAAAAAACGUGAGGGAAAUGUGUUACAUUACUGUGUGAAGUAUAUUGCAAGAACUACAUCAGCAAUAUACUUGCCGACAUCUAAUUUUUAAUAUUGAGAAAUCGGUAUCCCUUCUAUAUUCGUGCGCACACAUAAACGCAUGCUUUCUUGAAAGGUGAAUGUCUCCGUAUCCAUCAGUAAUUUUUUAUUUUUUGUUGUACAAAUCAGGAUUUUGAGUUUUAUUAUUUUUCCGACUCUGAUCUCUACCUGUAUUUUAUAUCUUUGGCCCUCUCGUUGGAUAUUUUUCAUUUUACUUUUAUUUUUGAACCCAGAAUGAUUUGAAGGAACUCUGGUCACUGCUAAAUUUGCUUCUACCUGAAGUCUUUGACAAUCGCAAAGCAUUUCAUGAUUGGUUCUCAAAGCCCUUUCAAAAGGAUGGUUCCUCACAUAGCCCGGAGGAAGAUGAUUGGCUAGAGACCGAGAAAAAGGUGAUCAUCAUUCAUAGGCUUCAUCAGAUUUUGGAACCAUUUAUGCUCAGAAGGCGUGUUGAAGAUGUGGAAGGUUCUCUCCCUCCCAAGGUAUCCACUGGUUUGAAUCGUUUAUGUUUCUUUCGAGGUUAAGCCUUGUUUAGAACUGACGGCCGUUUUUCUUGGUGUUGCUUGCAGGUUUCCAUUGUUUUGAAAUGCCGAAUGUCGGCUAUGCAGGGUGCCAUUUAUGAUUGGAUUAAAUCAACUGGUACCAUUAGAGUUGAUCCUGAAGAUGAGUUACGCAGAGUGGAGAAAAAUCCAUCGUACCAGGUUAAGAUGUACAAGAAUCUUAAUAACAAAUGCAUGGAGCUGCGCAAAGCCUGCAAUCAUCCUUUGCUCAAUUAUCCUUAUUUCACUGACUAUUCAAUAGAUUUUAUGGUGAGGUGUUGUGGAAAGCUUUGGAUCCUGGAUAGGAUUCUCAUAAAACUUCAGAGAGCUGGGCACCGUGUACUUCUCUUUAGCACCAUGACAAAGCUUCUUGAUAUAUUAGAAGAGUAUUUGCAAUGGAGAGGACUUGUAUAUAGACGAAUCGAUGGCACUACAAGCCUUGAGGAUCGUGAAUCAGCCAUAGUUGACUUCAAUAAACUUGACUCUGAUUGCUUCAUCUUCUUGCUGAGUAUUCGUGCUGCUGGAAGGGGUCUUAAUCUUCAGACUGCAGACACUGUUGUCAUAUAUGAUCCAGACCCCAAUCCACAGAACGAAGAGCAGGCAGUUGCUAGGGCACAUCGCAUUGGGCAGCAAAGAGAGGUCAAAGUUAUUUAUAUGGAAGCUGUUGUGGACCAAAUUUCAAGUUACCAGAAAGAAGAUGAACUACGGAAUGGAGGUACAGCUGAUUCGGAGGAUGAUCUUGCUGGCAGAGAUAGAUAUAUGGGUUCCAUUGAAAGUCUCAUACGGAACAAUAUCCAACAGUAUAAGAUUGACAUGGCCGACGAAGUAAUAAAUGCUGGUCGGUUUGAUCAGCGCACAACUCAUGAAGAAAGGAGAAUGACUUUAGAGACAUUACUCCAUGAUGAAGAGAGAUAUCAGGAAACUGUUCAUGAUGUUCCUUCAUUACAACAGGUGAAUCGUAUGAUCGCUCGAAGUGAAGAAGAAGUUGAACUGUUUGAUCAGAUGGAUGAAGAAUUUGAGUGGACUGGGGAGAUGGUGAAGUAUGAUCAGGUUCCCAAGUGGCUAAGAGUCGGAUCUAAAGAAGUGAAUGCAAUUAUUUCUAAUCUGUCGAGGAAGCCAUCCAAGAACAUCUUAUCUGACAAGGUUGUUCUGGAAUCUGGUGAAAUUGUUGUGGCAUCAUCUCCGAGUAGGUCUGAAAGAAGAAGAGGGCGCCCGAACUAUUCUAUUUACAGGGAGUUGGACGAUGAAGAUGUAGAAGAUUCUGACGCAAGCUCUGAAGAGAGAAAUGAAUAUCUGAUACAUGAAGAGGAAGGAGAAGUUGGGGAGUUUGACGAAGAAUUUAAUGGUACGACCAGUGAGGCGCUGGAUAAUAAAGAUCAAUCGGAAGACGAAGGUCUGGUUGAUGGUGGCUCAUUCGUCUUUCCCCAUGCUUCGGAAGUCAAUAUAAGUGAACCUGUUUUUGAGGAUGCUGGCUCUUCAGGAUAUUCAUCUGGAAGUCAAAGAUUGCCUCAAGUUGCAACCCCUUCUGGAUCUUCACAGAAGUUCGGAUCUCUCUCUGCUUUAGAUGCAAAGCCAGCAGCUCCCUCAAAAAGGACGGUGAGCUCUCUUUGCACAGAAUUUUCCUCGUUAUUGUUCUCUGCGUUAUUCUUCUGUUCUCAUCUUCCAUUAAUUGCUAAUUUUUUCAUGCGGAAAACUCAGAUUGAUGAUUUGGAGGAGGGGGAAAUUGCAAUGUCGAGUGAUUCUCACGUAGAUCUCCAGCAGUCUGGAAGCUACGCCGUUGAGCGUGAAGAAUGCGAGGACGAGCAGGUUCUUCAACCCAGAAUAAAGCGUAAGCGUAGUAUGCGCAUCCGGCCAAGGCCUAUGGCGGACAAGCUUGAAGAGAAAUCCAACAGCAAGAGGCAUGUGUCGCAGCAGGGAUCCCAGCUGACUAUGCCAGCAGAAAAUGAUCAUGCUUUGCGGUCGAGGCCCGAAUUCGAAUCUGAGGCAUUGAAUGAGUCAGUUCCAGAGGCACCUGACACAAGCAACCUCUCUGUGAAGCAGAAGCGUACUUCAACAUCACGGAAGGGUCCAGUUGCUCAAAGAUCAAAUGCCAUGCUCAAGGCCAGCAGGUUGAAUAAUGUGUCCGGGGUUGCAGAGGGUUCAACUGAAAAUGCUAGAGAAAGCUGGAAUGGCAAAGCCCCGAACAAUUCUGGGUCUACAUUUGCUGGAACCAAGACAUCGGAUAUAAUGCAGAGAAAGGUAAUUGUUUCUUGAAUCUAUUUGUUUCAAGUCAUUUAUUAUUAUUCAAUGUUGCAUCCUGUUCUCCAUGGGAACUCCGUGUGCAUCAUCAGCUUUGAAUAUAUCAUAAUGUGGUAAUCCAACCGCAGAAGAGGAGCGACAGAUGGGCAUUCCGGGGUGCUCUUUGUUAUGGUUUGUUAGAUACAAUUGUCAAAUAUGGAAAUUUUCAUUAUUUAAAUCGUUUAUCUCCUUCACUUGUAGUCGUUUAGCAUUCAAUGAAUGAAUGAGACUGAAGAAUUCAUUUGAUCUCCUGAUAUCAAGCAAAUCCGAAUCUUUCUUCGUGCAUAACGAAAUUUUAAUUUGACUGACUCUUUCUUUAACUGAUGGGUGAAAUUCCUAUAGUUUUAUCAGUCGUCAAUCGCAUUUUAGAGCAAGUAGAAUUUCUUUUUAAGUACUGAUUUCAUAUGGUGUCGGCUUGCUGGAGCAAUGCAAGACCUUGCUUGAUUUCUAUGGGAUUGCUGUCAUUAUCAUAACUUUUGUCAAAGUUUCAUGGAGCAUCUGUUCCCAGUUUGUGGGAACCGGGAGGGACCCUUUCAUAUGCUCCGUAGAGGAUGCACGUGAAUGUUUCCUUGAUUUUGAUUCUAAUGCGCUUGGUUAGAUGAUUGAUGCAGAAUCAGCUUUUUCGUGUUUGAUUCUCAUCUCAGAAUCUUUUUUCCAUGUUCAGUUCAAGAAUGUCAUCGGCGAGCUUCAGAGGAGAAUCGACAAAGAUGGCCAUCAGAUUGUGCCCAUUGUGUUUGAUUCGUGGAGGAGAAACGAGAAUCUGUACUACGCCAGUUCUGCGUCCACGGCGAACAAUAUCUUGGAUCUACGGAGGAUCGAUCGACGAGUUGACAGCUUCGAGUACAAUGGCAUUGCGGACUUCGUUGCUGACGUCCACCUGAUGUUGAAGAACUUGGUCCAGUAUCUGGGUUACUCAUACGAGGUACGCUCUCUCUCUCUCUCUUUCUCUCUCUCCUGUUCAGUCGUAGGGCUUAUUUUUGCUCACGAGAAGUAGAACACCAUGUGUUUCCUGCUGAAAUCAGUGAAGAAAACGAGCCCAAACUGCAACUGGCUGAAUCUCUGUGCAGGUGAAGAGUGAGGCGAGGAAGCUUCAAGAGCUCUUCUUUGAGAUCAUGAAGAUGGCGUUUCCAGAUGCGGAUCUAAGAGAAGCGAGGAACACUGCGACGUUCCUGGGCCCCGGAGGAGGGCCUCUGUUGUCCCCGUCUCCAAGGCCAUCCGCCGCUGCCGCCAGCGCCAUCAAUCAGAGCAAGCGGCACAAGCUUCUCGAUGACAUUGAAUCAUCGGACUUGGGGACCCCCCGAGCUGCUUUCCGAGGUGCCGGCCCAAGCGAGGAAGAACAGAGAAGGCGAGCCCCAGCAGGGAAGUCCCACAGCAAGGAAACAAGGCCCUCGGGUGGUGGCGGUGGUAGCGGCAGCAGCAGCAGGGGUGGUGGGGAGCUUGCACCACUGGAUUGCCCUCCCUUCCUGGCUCACCCAGGUGACCUGGUCAUCCACAAGAAGAAGAGGAAAGACAGGGAGAAGUCAGCCUCCGUCAUGCAGAAGGGCAGCCCUGCUUCAACACCGAAGGCGGCGGCGGCAGCGGCACGGGUGGGGCCGGCGUCUCUGCUCGGCCAGAGUCGGGUUGGCCCUGCAUCGCCACCGUCGAAGCCGUCAAAGCCGUCAAAGCCAGCGAGGCCCAGCAUGGUCUCCCCCACCGGGGGGGUGCGCAACGCCAAGAUCUUGCUCCACAAGGACGCUGCGCCGACGCAUCCUGGUGGGCAGCAGCCUGUGCAAUCCAGCUCAUGGCCCCAUCAGAAGGGACCACCGCCGGUGGCCAGCGGCGGCGGCGGCGGGCCGGUGGCUGCGGCAGCACAAGAGGCCCAGUGGGCGAAACCUGUAAAGAAAAUGAGGACAGAUACCGGGAAGAGGCGGCCAAGCCAUUUGUGA